CUAGGGCAAGGGCCUACUACUACAGCGUUGCGCCGUCCGCCUGCGUCCUUGCUUGAUGCUUCGCACGCGCGUGACGGCGCCGCCGUUCCUCGCCUCUCUCCUCUCUCCUCUCUCCGCCACUCCGCCUCUCCCCCAUCCCAUCGUCCACCCGGCCCGAGCUGCGGAGGCGCAGACCUCCGCCGCUGCGCCCGCAUCGGCACAGCUACAGACCAACGCGGCCGCCGGCGCUGGGAGCUCGGGACGCGAGGACAGCGGUACAGCCGGACCCCCGGCUGACUGACGCAGUGCCGCCUGCCUCUGCCCGUCGCGGCGUCGCCGUUAGCCUCUUCUCUUGCUCUCUGCCCUCUGCGCUACGGCUGCCGGCUCGUGUGACUCAGUGGCUGUGAAGUCCUUCCCAGCGGGCGAGACGGCGACCCGGCUCCUGCAGUUUGUAGGAUUGGUAAAACAUGAAGAGAAAUGGGGAUAUUGCUGUUGAACUAUCUAUACUUCUAUACUAUGAGCUGGUGGUUCUGCCAACCACCACCACCACCACCACUGAAAUAUGGGCCAUGGUUUGAGUUGCCAUGGAUAUUGAGCGACAAGUUCAAGAGACAUUUAGUAACCACUAUAAAAGCGUGGUGCUAAUCAGAAGGGGAUCAGAUGGCAUCGGCACUGGCUUUAUUAUUGGUAAAACAAGGAAAAGUUAUGUUGCGAUGACAUGCUACCAUGUCAUCUCAGGUAACCCCUCUGGUGCUUUAAAGGUCAGACUACCUAGGGACACAAAGGAUUAUGUUGCUGAGCUGCUAUAUGAGCAUCAGGGUUAUGAUCUUGCAAUUAUUAAAGUUAAUGGAGUGAGUGGAGAAUGCCCAAUUCUUCAAUUUGGUGAUUUAGAAGGUGUGGCGCAUAGGGCCAAUGUCGUUCAGCUUGGAUAUAUCCUUGGGUCACAGUUUGCUUUAAACUUGGACCCCUCAGUAUCUCCUGGAUCAGUCAUAAGACCGGCAAACCAAAAUGGAAUGAUGGGCAGCCAGGAUGUUGUCUACAGUGCCGCUGCAAGACAUGGCGCCUCAGGAUCUGCAGUGAUGUUUGAUGAUAAAGUUAUUGGAGUACUAUAUUCAAUGUCUACAAAUAGCCAAGUUGCGUAUGCUCGAUCAAGUACUACUGUUCACAUGGCCUUGAAGAAUUGGUUGCAUCCAAAUGAUGCUGCAAUAACCACUGAGAAGAUGAUAGAACUUGUAGUAAAACCUCUAAAUGAUUCAGAGUUAGACGAUUGAUUGGACUGGCUAUGGAUUGCAAGGGCAUGUGGACUCAAUGGGUGUAGACUCUAUUAAUGUAAUCGCCCAUGGUUGUUUGUUAUUUUUAUUGAUGUCCUCUUUCCAUGGGAAUAUGUUGUCUAUGUAAUUUUUAAUGUUUGAAAUUAUCAAUAGUUAGCUAGCUAUUAGAUCUUGUUCUUUUCAGCUGAUGGACAGCUUACGGAUAGUUAUUGCAUGCUUUUAAAGCUAGAAUUCCUUUCAAAAAAAAAUGUUAUCGUUGACAACUUUUUCUAAAUUGUGGGACAGUGAUAGUAUUAGUUAAACCCAGUCUCUAUAGUAAUUUUUGGCUCCGUUGCCCGUGCUUUAUAAACAGGAAGGCUAAUACAUUUACAA